GCCGGGCCGGCCGGGCGGAGGCACCAUGCAGGCGCGGCGCUUGGCCAAGCGCUCCAGCAUGGGCAGCCGGCGGCUGAGCGCGGCGGCGCCGCAGGUGGACGCGGUCCGGCCCCCCAAGCCCGAGAGCGCCUGGAGGCCGCCCCGGCGGGAGGGCUCCGCUGCGGCGCUGGAGGAGGAGGACGAAGACGAGGACGUGGUGGUUGAGGUGGAGGAGGAAGAGGAGGAGGAGGAGGGCGGCCUGGGGAGCGCCCCCCCGGCACUGGCCGGCCACGGCAAGGGCCCCCUCCGGGGGAGCCUUAAGGCAGCCAACAUCAAGCGUGAAAUGACCUUCCAUGCAUUUCAACAGGAGGAUGUAAAAAGUGACAUCAGUCGAAAACUGCCAGACCAACAGUUUCUCCUGUUCACCACAAAGGAGGAAGAUUUAAAAACAGCAGAGACCAAAAAACUUAACAGAGCUCAUGAGCAUGAAAAGGAAAACACUCGUUCUGUUUGUCUUCUGGAACAGAAGCGCAAGGUUGUUUCUUCAAAUAUUGAUGUGCCUCCAGCAAGGAAAUCUUUGGAAGAACUGGACAUGGAUAAAGUAACAGCAGCCAUGGUACUCACCAGUUUAUCCACCAGCCCUUUGGUCCGCAGCCCUCCUGUCCGACCCAACGAAUCCCUGAAUGGAUCUUGGAAAGAAGGAGGAUUUGUGCCUUCUAGCACCAGCAGCAGUGGAUACUGGAGCUGGAAUGCUCCCAGUGACCAGUCCAACCCAUCCACCCCAUCUCCACCUCUGUCAGCUGACAGCUUCAAAGCUUUUCGGACGCCUUCCCAGGCAGAUGAUGGGAUCGAUGAAGGGGAAACAAGCAACCUUCUCUUUGAUGAACCCAUUCCUAGGAAGAGAAAGAACUCCAUGAAGGUGAUGUUCAAAUGCCUAUGGAAGAACUGUGGGAAGGUACUCAGCACAGCUGCAGGGAUUCAGAAACACAUAAGGACCAUUCACCUUGGACGUGUAGGAGAGUCUGACUACAGUGAUGGAGAGGAGGAUUUUUACUAUACAGAAAUCAGGCUCAACACGGACUCAGUAGCUGAUGGCUUAAGCAGUCUUUCCCCAGUGUCUCCAUCUCUAGCAUCUCCUCCUUCCUUUCCCACCCAAGACACAAUCCGUCCUGAAACUUCCUGUGCCAAAACCGAGACUAAAGUGAUGACACCUCUGAGCCGCUCAGCUCCUACCAACCUCUACCUCGUACACACGGACCAUGCUUACCAGGCCACUCCUCCGGUGAACAUUCCAGGGUCAGCCAAAUUCACUCCCAAUGGCAGUAGCUUUAGCAUCUCUUGGCAGUCGCCUCCCGUUACCUUCACCGGCAUUCCAGUCUCACCAACCCAUAAUCGUGCUGCAGGGAGUGGAGAGCAGAAACAGACCCACACGGUUCUUUCAUCACCGCCUCGAGUAGCAUUUGGCUUGAGGAAGCCUAGAGGGGAGGGGAAAAAGUGUCGGAAGGUCUAUGGGAUGGAGAACAGAGAUAUGUGGUGCACUGCCUGCCGAUGGAAGAAGGCCUGCCAAAGGUUCAUCGACUAACCAUUGAAAUUAUGCAGAGGAUUUGGGGAGGGGGAGGACAACAGCAGAAGCAGAUUGCUGCAGCUGCGCUGUAUCACUUCCCAUUUUCCCCUCCAGUGAUGUUGAGGGUUUUGGUUUUUUGGGGUGGUUUUUUUGUUUGUUUAUUUUGGGGUUUUUUUGGGUUUUUUUUUUAAGAGCUUUGUAUUUCAAAAUGAAGCACUUGUAGCCAAGGAGAAGCACUAAUUAAAACCUGUGUGGAGCAAUAGAGCAAAAAAAAAAAAGCAAAACCAAGACCACACAACAAAAUAUGUCUCAGUAAGUGUGGAAACCAGAGCAGCUAUUAGUGUUCUUCUGUAAAAGAAAGGAAAAUGUUAAUUAUUUUGCUAACUCUGUGAGCUGCUUGCUCCCUAGGAUCAUUUUUAACCAUUUCAGUCUUUCUGCUGUGAACGUCUGUAUUUGCUAAACUGAACAAUUUUUCUUUUCCUGAAAUGAAGAUCUCUUUGAAAGCUUUCUAAUAAACACUUCAGAGUCAUAUAAGCUA